AUGGCAGAUUCUCGUUUAAAACAAAUUAAAAUUAAAACGGGUAUUGUUAAAAGAAUCGCGAAGGAAAAAAUCUGUUAUGAUAAAGAGGCUAACGAACAGCGGCUUCGCGUACAAAAAUUAAAAGAUGAAUGCCGAGAAGAAUAUUAUGUUAAAAAACAAGAGGAAGUUUUACAAGAAACAUUAAUGAUGGUUCCCGAUUGUCAGAGACGAUUGGAAAAAGCUUUUGAAGAAUUGAAAAAUAUUCUUCAGGGUGAAAAAGACUUGGAAUUUACUGAUGAAUAUAGUGUAGCUAAGAAAACAUUAGAAGAAGCUCAACCUUUACUACCUAAUCCAGGAGAACUUUUACAUUUUUGCUACACUCGAUUUAAUAACAUGCCACCUUAUUAUUAUUCGUCAUUCAAUGCUCAACAACAAAAUCAUUAUAAUAAAAAAUCAAAGGAAACAUGUGUUACAAACGAACAAAGGAAAAAAGAUGAAGAAUUCAUUGAUAAUUUUGUGUCUAAUAUUCAGUGUAAAAAAUUUGUUGAAAUAAAUUCGCCAUUGAAAAUAUCUCAAGCGAAACAAUUAAUUUCAGAAAUUGUUUCAUUGAAGAAGAAUUUAGAAGAAAAAAGUCUAAACCUUUGCGAAACUCAUGAAAAUUUUGACAUGGAAUGGAAUUUAAUAGAAAAAGAAAUGAAUGAAAUUGAUGAGAAACUCAUGAAAUUGAAUUCGAGUAUAAAACCGUUAAAAUCAUUGCUGAUUAAAAGAAUGAAGAAGAGAAAUGGGCAAAAGAAAAAAAAAUGGAAAUAUUCGAGUUAUAAAAUGGAAAUGAAAAAACAAAUCGAAAUGAAACAUGAAAUGAUAGACAAAAUUUUAAAUGAGAGAAACGAUGAAGUGGAAGCGAUUAAAAGAGAAGCAUCAUUAAAAAGACAAGCUGAUUCUGUUUUACAUGAAGUGAGAAGAAAAAAACAUGAAGGUAUGAAAACAUUACAACUUUUAACUGCAUUAAUGAAACUUCGAGAAUUACGAUUGAAAGAAGAAGAAAAAAAGGGUGGUUACUGUUCGAAAGAACUCACAAAUGUUUUCCACGAAAUUGUUGAAAAAUUACAAAAAUUAUGGGAAAAACAAAUUGAUAUUUAUAAAUUAGAAGAAAAAGGUUUGAAAAUAAUGUUGGAAGAAACAACUUUCCACCAUGUUAAAGAAUCUAAAUUUGAAAUGAAUCUUCUACAAUGGGAAAAAGCACUUUUCGGUGAUGUAACAAAUGAUAAAAAUUUUCAAUUAUUAACAAAAGCUGAUAAUGAUAUUGAAGCAUUGAUUAAUGUUGGGUUUUACCACCAGAAACAAGUAAUGAAGACUGGAAAAAAUUUUUAA